AUGAUUAUGGAGAACCUACUUUUCACCAAUUGUGACGAUCCUGUACAGGGAACAUGCGUGAGUCAACAACCUGAAGAUAAUUGCAGCCCGACACAAGUGAAGGGUUGCAAUAUUCUAAGUAGCAACUUAUUUAAAACUUGCGUAGACAAUAUUGGACAAGAGAAACUCAAUAGACAUUUGGAAUCGUGUAAAUUUGAUGUUUGCGCAUAUCUAAAGCAACCUAAACUUCAGUCGGUGUUAUGCAAGACACUUGAGUCAAUGGCAGACGAAUGCGAAGAUGCAGGCAUAUUUAUCGAUUGGAGAAAAACAGCAAAAUGUGAGAAGGAAUGUCCAUUAAAUGAAGAAUAUAGCCACAAAACGCCUGUUUGUCAACCAACAUGUGUAAAUCAAGAUCCAAAGUGCACAAAAUACACGGAAGGCUGUAUUUGUAAAUCUGGUUUUAUUCUCAGUGGAGAUAAGUGUGUUCCCAAAUCAGAAUGCGGUUGCAUGAACGAUAAAAUAUAUAUGACGAUUAAUGAAGAAAGGUAUGGACCAAACUGUAACAGUAUAUCAACAUGUAAUGGUACAGGACAUCUAACACAUAAGGAAAUAAAUGGUUGUCCAGAUAACAGCCAGUGUACGAUAUCCCAAAACAAGCAAGCGUGUUACUGCAAUCCAGGCUAUAUACUGCAAAAUGGCAAAUGCGAGAAAUUCGUGUGUGACAAACCAGUUGAUGUAGUAUUUCUGAUGGAAGCCAGUGCUAUUGGCAAAUUGCAAUUUGAGGAAAUCAAAAGUUUCGCAACGAGUUUUCUUGACUUUUUCACCUUGAGCUUGUAUUCGGUAGGAUUGAGAUUUCUUACGUUUUGGGGUAACAGUUACACUUACAUCCAUUCAAAGUCUUCAGAUGAUCCAGAACAAGUACUGGAAACUGCAAAGCUAUUACCGUACCACAACCAAAGUUCCACUUCACUCCAUGCGGCGCUCUGGUUCAUGAAUUCGUACCGAUCGUGGUUCAAUUUCAGAUACCCCUUAAAAAGUCAUACUUCUGUUGUUCUAUUCGUUGGAAGCAAACUAAAUUAUGAAACAUACACAAAGAAGUUGUUUAAAACUCUAAAUGAAGCUGGCCUCAAUAUCUAUAUAGUAGGAAUUGGAGAAAAUGCUGAUGAAAAACAGUUGCAAAAUAUUAUCGGCCAAACAAAUACCAGUAAUUUGAUGUUGGUUAAGAGCUUUUAUGACUUAAACAAAGCAAAGGCCGAAAUUUUAAAGAAAACGUGCUCUGUUGAUCCCUGCAACAAUGAAACAAAUCCAUGCAAGAAUGGAGGAGAAUGUAUCAACAAAGAUUCCACCUUCAUUUGUGAAUGUACUGAGAAUUAUUUUGGCCGAUUUUGUGCUCAAGAGAAAGAGUGUUCCUGCUACAAUUAUGGAGAGUUUUAUUAUCGAACGUUUGAUGGACAAGCGAUAAGUUUCAAGGGAGACUGCACGUAUAAUAUCGUAUCUGGACAAUCAGGGAGCACAGUGUUUUCUGUUGAUGUGAAGAGCGAACGUCGAAGUAUUAUGGAACCAUACCACACCCCUAAACGCGCAGUAGACAUCAAAAUAAAUUCGAUCACAAUUAAUUUGUUACCAUUAAACAGAAUUUUGGUUAAUGAAGAAGAAUACACUCUCCCUGUCGUGAAAUUCGAGGAAUUUGAAGCAUAUUAUGCUGUCGGUUGGAUAACAGUUAAGACCGAAUGGGGAUUAACAGUGAAGUAUGAUGGAAAUCAGAGAGUUACUGUGAGCCUUCCAAUCUCGUUUGCUAACAAACUAACUGGUAUCUGCGGUGACUGCAAUGGAAAACAAGAUGACUUACGUACAAAGGCUGGACGAGACGUUUCAUCUCUAACAGACAAAGACAGUUUAAUUGCAAAUAGUUAUCAGGUCGCUGGCGAUUCUAACGAAGAGUGUAAUGCAACAAGUGUUGUUAACAUAAAAUGCAACAGUACUGAAAUGCAACGAUGUAAUAUCAUACACAGUAGUAUUUUCACAUCGUGUGUACAAACGCUUGGCCAAGAACUAGCCAAUCGGUUUUUUGAAUCUUGUCAAUCAGAUGUCUGCUCAUCCACCGACAGUGUGAAUACCGAGAUUUUAUUUUGUAAAAGUAUUGAAGCUUUUGUUACUGAGUGUGAAAGAGCUGGAGUACCAAUAAACUGGAGAGGAGUUGCAAGAUGUCCAAAACUCUGUUCAUAUUACGAAAGCUACAAGUACUAUGCCACAAGCUGCCGAAACGAUUGUUUGAACACCACAGAAUGUUCAACGUUCUCUGAAGGCUGUACUUGCGGACCGAAUCUCUAUUACAGCGGAAAAACUUGCGCUCGUAAAAACGAUGGCUGUGGUUGUUCCAUUAAUGAUGUAUACAUUAAGAAAUAUUCAAGUCUCGUUGAUUCUACUUGUAAUAACACAUACUAUUGUGCAGCAACUGGCAAAUACAGGAAAAAUUCAUAUUCUUGUUCAGAGACUGGUAAAUGUAGUCUUAAAAAUGGUAGACGACAAUGUUUCUGUAACAAUGGAUAUUAUGGAUCAGACUGUCGCUACCGCCUUGGUCGAUGGCAUUAUAUUAGAGUAUAUAAAGCAGAAUUGAACGCCAUUGCUUGGGCUUCAUAUUCAGUGGAUCAUAACCAAUGCUUUCACAUCUUUUGGAAUAAUAAAUAUUGCAAGGCAUAUAACUACGAUGAUGCUCGUAAAAUAUGUGACAUAUAUAAUGUUGAUGCGAGUGGCAAUUUUACUUUGACCUCUGCCGACUGCCAGUCAAAAUUCUAUACUCAGAAAAUCAGUAAACGCAAUUUCGUAAUAAAUGGUGCUUCAAUUGAAAACUGCGAUGAUCUUCAGACAAUUACUAACGUAAAGAAUAAAGAAGACUGUCAAGAGAUGUGCUUGCAAAAAGGAUGCUUCGGAGCAACGUUUCUUAAGUCAAAGAAAGUAUGCAAAAUGGUGAUGACUUACAACAGAUACUUACGGUUCAUUACUAACAAGGAUAGUUAUUUUGCUGGUUCCUUUCCAGUAUAACCUGUCUAUCUCUACCUGACCAUGGAUCGCCAAUUGCGAAUUUUGUUCUCAUUUUCUUUUUUCUUUUUAGUUCAAUUAAACACAAAAACACGCUUAAAAUAUAGUCAGAACUACUGAGAGAUAGGUACGCAUUUAACUGCACAUGUGCAUGUCGGUGUGUAUAUUAUACAGGAUAAUUAAACCUCUCGGGUGUACAUGCAUGCACAGUCACACAGGUACAUAUCUGUCUCCCUAUACAGAUAUAUAUGCUUAUGCACACACACAUACAUACAUAAAUAUAUAUAUAAUAUAUAUAUAUAUAUAUAUAUAUAUAUAUAUAUAUAUAUAUAUAUAUAUAUAUAUAUAUA